AUGUCCGCCUCAAUCUCCGCCAGUCCGAAGAGGAAUUCCACCACAACGAACACCACUCCCCCCUCGACCCCUACCCCUACCUCGGGUAACCCGGGGUACCACACUAACAACUCCUUCGCCAUCCAAUCAUCCUCUCAAUCCAUCCAGAACCACUCCCCAGCAACUCAGCCCCUCGCUUCAUCCCACCAGCCACCACCGCCAUCAGCCCCGUCGAACCCAGCCUCCAGCUCAGUCACAAACGGAUCAGCAGCAGCCAACACCUCCGCAGCAGCCAACCCCAACCCACCUGCGCCCUCGACCUCAGCCGAGCGCGGCAGUAAUCCUGCGAACUGCAGCAACGUCUGCCAGGUCAAGCGAAAGUUCAAUGCGACGCUCGAACAAAAGAUCUUCAUCCUCGACUGGCACCAUGCCAACGGUAAGAAGCAGACCAAGACGGCCGCCUACUUCACCGCGCUGAAGGGCUGGCCGACGAUCACCCAACCCCUGAUCUCCAACUGGCUCAAGGACGAGGAAAAGAUCAGGGCCAACCUCAAACUGGCCACCCCAGACACCAAACGGCUCAGGAUCGUCAGGCAUCCCGAGGUCGAAAAGGCACUCUCAGUCUGGUGCAACCAAUCGAUCGCCGAAAACUUCCAGCUGGGGUGCGACCUCAUCAAAAUCAAAGCGCUCGAAUUCGCUAUCGGAUUCGGCUUGGAUCAAGCCGAAUUCUCAAAAUCAUCGACCUGUUGGAUCGAUCGGUUCCUUGAUCGCCAAGGAGCUCGGACGAUCAAAAGUCACAAGGCCGAGACCUUUACCCAGGCUGGUAUCGAAGUAGAAAGACAACGAAUCAAAGGCGCCAUAGCGUAUUAUGCACCCCAGGACGUUUGGACACUCGAUGAAACCAGUCUAUACUAUACCAUGCCUCCCGAUCGGAGCGUCCCCUCAGACAGAUGGAGAUCUGAUCAACGUCUCUUGACCUUCGGACUCUGUGUCAAUUCUAAUGGCUCCCAACGACGGCCCCCGUGGAUUAUCGGGAAGAACUUUAACCACAAGUCAUUCAAACUUAAAUCCACCGAUUCCUUAGGCUUCGACUACAGCGCCAAUCCCAAGGCUUCUCUGACCGCAGAAGUGUUUAUUAAGUGGAUGACCACUUGGCAGAAGGAACUCAACAAACAAAAUCGCAAAAUCCUUUUGAUCAUCGAUAACAAUCCUGGUCAUAUCGUCGAAGCAGAUCUCUAUCCCAACAUACGCGUCGAGUUUUUCUCUUCCAACAUUUCCACCCUGCUCCAGCCACUCGAUCAAGGCAUUGUACGCGUCUGGAAAGCUCAUUAUCGACGGCUUUUUCUCGAAAGGGCCAUCAGCCUAUAUGAGGCAAAGAGUCCAAAUAUUUAUCAAAUCGAUCUAAUUCAAGCCAUGCAACUGGCUACCACGGCUUGGACAAGUUUCGUCCCAUCCGAGAGUAUCGCCAACUGCUGGCGUCAUCCCCUCCUCACGCAGGAUUCACCGUCCGGGUUUAAUAGUUUUGUAGCAGCUCAUCAUCGAGACAAAGGUGUUGCACAAGCUGAAUCGGAUCUAUCGAAAGUAAUCGAUACCCUCGUCGAACUAGGUUUGCUGAAUACAAACAAUAGGAUUGCGAUUGAAGAGUAUACCGACCCCCCAUUCGAAAGAGUGACCACCAUGCAAAAAUAUACCGAUCCGGAGAUCAUUUCCUUUGUACGCAAUGAAGAUUCUAGCCGAGAUGAAGACGAAAUGCCAGAAGAAGCGAAAGAUGAAAAGCCUAGUAUCCCGGUGCCCGCGAACCUCGCCCCGAUCAAUGGCCACAACCGUUCUCAAGCUGCUCAGAAUCGAGCUCCUCAACAGAUCAAUCAUCCGAAUCCAAACUUGAUCGACGGUCCUCACCAUCCAAUGUUCAAUCAUCACCUACAGCAUUAUCCGCAUCCUUCCCACCCCAACCUUAUGCUUCACCACAAUCAUACCAUGCAUCCUCACAAUCCUGCUCACAUGAACGCCGGAGCUAUGCCCUAUAUACCCAACAGCCAAGCCGGCUUACAAAAGACGAAUGACGACCCGAUAGCGCGAAACGGGGAGGUGUGGAGUAUCCCCCAAGUCUUGGAGGCUUUGGAGGAGAUCGGAAGGUUUAGUAUGCACAGACGAGAGCCUGAAUGGAAAGAGCUCCAUCAGCAAGCCAUAACGCCCCGCCCGAAGCCGAACCAAGGACUCAAUACGUCCCGGCCUCAAUCAGCCCACUCGUCCUGUGCAACCGGCCAGUCUACCAAUGGCCCCUCCAACUUGAACGCUCAUUCUACGCCCUCGCGUCCGGAUCAUCUCUCUUCACACUCGCUUGCCUCCUCCCUCACCCCCUCUCAAUCCAAUAACAACACCCCUCAUACUCACUCCCAGUUAUCUAUUGACGCUAUCACCCAUCCUGUCGACGUCAACUCGAAUUGA